GAUUUGUCUAUGAAAAAAAGAGCCCAUCGCGUAUCGUGGACUAUGCGUUUUCUUUUCCUCGUAUCGAGCUCAUCAAUUUGUGAUACGUACACAUGGUUGAUAAAAAUAUAUAAGUUGUGGCGCUGAUCGUUAACAAUAAAGGUAAAAAAAAACGUAGAAAGUAAUCAUGAACGACUGUGAUAUUUGAUAAGUUGUAUAAAGUGAUAGUUCAGUUUUGGAGGUAAAAUGCCCGCUUCCAUUUGUGACACAGUAUCUAGCGCAUUGCGUUUAUCCCUUGCUGAAGACUCUCAGAGCUCGUCAUUACUAGAUAGCAGAUUGUACUCCUCUGCUAAAAGUGUGCUUUUAUCAAAGAUAGAGUUUGUAGAAUCCGGUGAUUACCAAAGCAACGUACUAGAUGGUUUGAAAUCAAAGUAUGUCGUUAUCCGUUCUAAAAAACCUGUGCUUGAGAAUAAAUUGCUGAAGAAGGACGUCUCAUCGGAUAAUCAAUCGGCAGCUAACAAAAACCGUGAGGAUGGCUUACCAAAGCCUAAGCGAGUUUUCUUCCCUGUUGAGAAGGUUCAGUUGGGAUGGCAGGGGACAUGGAGUGCGGGAUCGGGGAUGCAAAAUGUAGGCAAUACAUGUUACCUCAACUCUACAUUACAAGCUCUGUUCCAUGUACCAGCCUUUGCUAAUUGGCUGGUUACAGAAUCAACACAUGCCGAAAAAUGUAAUCAACAAGAAGCUUGUGUUAUUUGUGGAAUGAGGGCAACAUUAAUGGCAACUCAGAAGAGUGGCGGAGCACCAAUCAAACCUUGGCAGGUUUACUCAAAGCUACGCCUCAUUUGUAGGCACUUGACUCCUGGAAGACAAGAGGAUGCACAUGAGUUUUUGAGGUAUUUGGUAGAGGCAAUGGAGAAAUGUUAUUUAUCAAGAUUUGUAAACUCUGAUAAGUUAGACCAAUAUAGUAAAGAAACAACUCCGUUGAAUCAGAUUUUGGGUGGUUACCUGCGGUCCACUGUGAGGUGUUUAGCUUGCCAUCAUUUGUCAACUACAUACCAACACUUCCAGGAUUUACUACUAGAUAUAAGGAAGCAUUCAACAUUAGAUGAAGCUUUAGAUUCAUUUUUUUCUCGAGAGAGAUUAGAAGAUUUAGGAUAUAAGUGUGAAGCUUGUAAUAAGAAGGUAUCAGCAACAAAACAGUUCUUUGUGGAGCGAGCCCCUAUGGUACUCUGCAUAGCAUUGAAAAGGUUCUCCUUAGCCGGGGGAAAGCUAUCAAAGCAUGUACAAUUCCGCAAGAAAAUAAACCUUAGCAAAUAUAUUUAUAAUAAAAAUAAUCCACAACAAUUGACAUACAAAUUGGUGAGCUUAGUGACUCAUCUUGGACCAUCACAGAACUGUGGACAUUACACAGCAAUAGGACAAGCUCCUAAUAGUAAUUUUUACCAAUUUGAUGAUAGCUGCGUGCGAUCACUUCCCCUCUCAGCUGUCCUCGGCACAAACGCAUAUAUAAUGUUCUUUGAAAGAGAUAACACAAUAGAUGACAUCAAUCAGCCGACUGCUUCUACCUCUAGUGUUGUCUAUGGCCCACAAUUACCCGACAACAUUGUUAACAGAGAAAAGAGUCCCCUCAAAAUAACACUUUAUCGCAGCGAUGAUAAAAAACCAAUCAUCCUCAACAGCACAACAACAGAAUCUACGAAGCCUGAAGCAAAACCAAUCAUAUUAAACACAACAUUAAGUAAAUCUUUAGAACCCAGUUCUAUUUCUGAACCAUGGGUUGUGAAACAAAACGGAGAAGUGGAGAAAGUAGUGCAGUACCCAAAAAUAUUGAAUGGUACCGAUAAAUCCAAUCACAAAGUUGAUGAUGAUAAGAAAAUAAAUGUUUUCAAGAAACAAGUCGAUGAUUGUCCCAAAGCUAAGCUAUCUAAGAGUGAUUCAGAUAUUCGGUCAAUAACACUAAAUAGUAAAAUACUUGAGAAAUCUGCAUCGACUAGUAAACUGGUGAAGCCACCGAAAUCACCUCUUGAGAAAUUGGAAGAGCAGAUGAAUAAGAGUGAUUCUUCCAAUCAUAUAAAUAGGAAUGGGAAUUCCAACUCUAAACUGGUGCCUUAUGAUUCAGAAUCGAGUAGUGAUGAGCGUGCUGAAAGGUCUGAUGAUAAAGUAAAGGGUGAUGUUAAAGCUGUGAUCAGUUUAAGGCCGAAGCCCAGCCGAUGUGACUCACCGCAAGGGCUUGUGGUCACAACAAAAGGAACACAGCACAAAUGGACCGUUUCAAAAGAAAAAAGUGGACCACUAUUGAGUCCUAGUUUGAACGGAGUGACAAAUAAAAAGGUGAAAGAAAAGGAGGAGCCUCGCGAGAACGAGCAGAGUCCCAACACGAGCGUAAGCAGCAUGUCGCCCUUGAGCGACAGGAGCGAGGCCGGCGCUGCCCCCGUGUUUGAGGAGCGUCGCGAGGAGCGCAAGCGCGCGCUGGAGGCGACGGACGAGAUGGACCGCGGCCGCAACAAGAAGGUGAAGAAGUUCCACCACUACAACAGCUUCAAUAACAACAGGAACGGAUACAACCCCUUCCAGGAAAAGCAAAACAAACCUCACUGGGGAGGUGGAGGUAACUUCAAGUACAGGAGUGAGCAGCGGAGGCCGGGGCACCACUUCAACAAGCAUUAUAACCAUAAAUACAAGCGAUUUAACAGAUACAACACGAAUGGUCACCAUUACAACAGACAUUGACCCUCGGCCACAGUCUCGCGCUCCGCUAACUACAUAUAU